CGUGUUUGCCGCUGCUGCGGUGGCUCCCCAGGUUCUACUGAGGCUGCUGGCGUCUUGAUUUAAACAAGAUGAUGGAAGAUCUCCGAGUCGGCAUGAUCUCGCGCGCAUCUGCCCAAUGAAGCUGCUCCCCCCCUCCCUCCUCCCCCUCUCCCUCCCCUUCGCCCUCUUCGGCGCAGAUCCAUCGGGCGCUCACAGGCAUAGUAGCCACGACCUGUGCUCAUUCAUCCCAGUCCGCAGCCACAGCAGCGGCAGCCGGCUGCCGUGCACACCCAAACGACGGUCUCGGCGAGGCAGUGGUGGUGGUGGUGGUGUGUGGAUGGCCAGGGGGGCCAAGGCUGAGAAGAAGGCAAUGCUCGACAAGAUGGCCGCACCCACUGAAGCUGACUCGCAGCCACGGAGGAUCAAGUACCCACACACGCACGAACACAGAAGCAAUAUGAGCAUCAUGGAGAGAUCUAUCCGUUUCUCGCCUCUCUCUCUCUCUCCCUGGUGUGUGUGUGUGUGUGCGCCUUCGUCCGUCAGGUUCCCCCGCCCCCUCCCCCCUCUCAACCUGGACAUCGAGCGCAUGUGGGCCAACAGGCACAAGCCGCACAUCGAGGAGCUGCCCGAGGUCUUCAAGGCGCUGCAGAACCCCCCCUAUGACCAGAAGACCCACCCCGAUCAGUUCAGCAAGUGGAUGGAGCAGCAGAGCUCGCAGAUGGUGCAGCGAGAUAGGAGCAUCUUUGAGAAGGCGUAAGUGGGUCGAUUAUGGCUGGGGGCAUGGGCGCAGGGGCAUUGUGUGUGUGUCCUCAGGUCUGAUGAGGACAUAGCGGAGAUCCACAAGCAGACGGGCAUGGUGGAGGGCCGUGACUACCUCACACACAUACCGCAGAGCCUCCUCGUCAAGCACGGUAGCAAACCGCCCUCUGCACCCAGACCAGACAAGAUGCCAUGUGUGUGUGCCUUUGUUGUUCACUCAGUGAAUCCCGAUGGCACUGAAUGGUGGGAGGUCGACACGCCAGCAGAUGAGUACAGGGUGAGCACUCCCCCUCCCUCCCUCCCUCACUCCGUCCCACUCUUCCAUCUGUUCUGGCUGCUGCAGCCGGAGCAGGGCACGGUGCAUUCGUCGGGCCAGUGGGUGCCGCCCAUCAAGGACUGGCCCGACCCGUUCGACCCCCUUGUCGCAGCGGAGCGGGAGGAGCUGCUGCAGCAGCAGGAGGGGCCCACCAAGAAGCCUGAGGAGGAGACCAAGAGGGCAGGGAGGACAUCCAGGUAGGUCGCUUGGUUGGCACAUCCGGUCGAUGACGUCCGUGUGGUGAUAUUGUCAGGUUUCGGCGGUCGUCUCGUUUCCAGCGUGAGGUUGCUGCUCGUGAGGCGAAGAAGGAGGAGGAGAAGAUCGAUCUCGAGUUCAUGCGGGACCCCAACGUCACGGUAGGUCGGUGUGGGCUCUGCAAACACAAAACACAAGCUUCAUCAUUGUGUGUGUGUGGUCUGUGGCAUCCGUCCGUCCACCCCCAUCAGACAUACGAGGAAGAGUAUCGUUCCGCGGUCAAGUGGAUGUGGCGAAAGACGUUGGAGAGAGACGGAAUCAGUGCGCACCCUCCCACAGACACACCACACCACACCACACCACACGGCACACGCAACACCUCUCUGCGCGUGUGCGUGUGUGCGGAUGUCUGUGUGGAUGUCUGCAGCAUGGCGGCCCAAUGCGGAGGAGCGGGCGCGUUGGCCCAAGGAGACGCAGGACGAGUGGCAACGGAUACAAGACACCAAGCCCCGGAGAGCGUAAGCAGAAGGCUGCUCACACAGGGGUGGUGGCAUUGAUGUGUUGAUGUCUGUCUGUCUGUGUGUGUGUGUGUGUGUGUGGCUCAGUGAGAGAGAGAGGAAGCUCCGCGAGAUGUGGCGGAUAGAGCCAGAGCAGACAUUCCCCUUCCCAUGGCUGCUGGACGUAACCCUCCCACACACCACAACACACCACACACCGCGGACGCUCCACGUGUGUCGUCGUGUGUGUCGUCAUGUGUGUGUGUGUGUGUGUGUGUUGAUACAGGAUGGCUUUGAGGUGGCGGCAGAGAUCGAGAAGAAGACGGGGGAGCCGGCCAUCUGGCGGUUCCGUGUGCCAGAGCUCAGCCCCACCUAUGUCAAGCCACAUAGCUACAUUCUCGAUGAGGCCGGCGAGGUAUGAAGCACAAACACGAUGGAAGAUACCAUAACCGCCCUCUCUCUCUCUCUCUCUGUGUGUGUGUGUGUGUGUGUGUGUGAUCUGUGUGCCAUGGGUGAGGUCAGAUGGAUGACCCCCUCGACGCCCCCUGGCGCCGGCAGAUCGAGGCAGUGGUCCGUCAGGAGCUCAAAUUCUACGAGCUCGACCUCUACGAGAUCAACUGGCGGAUCGGCGUGUGCGACGUCAUCAUACAGCCGAUGCCGUGGACGCCCCCGCCGCCCCGGGCUAAGCGGUUCGUGAAGACGCGCAGGACCGACCCUGAGGAAUGGGUCAUGAACGAGCCGCCACCGGAGAAGCCGACCUUGACGCUUGAGCAGCUGCAAAAGGCGCUUGUGCAUCUCGGUGACUGAGUGUGGGGUCAAAGGGAUGGACAACAGGAUGUGUAUAUGUGUGUGUGUGUGUGUGUGUUUAGAGAGGGUGUUGAAGGAUAUGGACAAGACAGACCAUGUGCGGAUUCUGGACCGGCACAAGCUGACGAUGUCGACCAAGGGGGCCAGGGGGCUGCUCACCUGCAGGAGACAGCUCGACAACAACAGGUCCCCAUCCACCCUUUCAUAGACACGCACACUCAUCCCCAUCAGCCAAUGAGCCCCCAUCCCUCUGUGUGUGUGUGUGUGUGUGCGUGUGUCAGGGGGGAGGAGGUCAUUGUCAAGAUACUGGACCCCUUCUUUGGCAAGGUGACCAUUUGAUUGCACCGGCUGACAGACAGACAGACAGACAGGCCGGCCGCACACACGCACUCAUCAAUCAUUGUGUGAUUUGUGUCAUCUGUGUGUGUGUAGGAUGAGGACUUACACUGCCGCAUGAUCGGCUCCCCCAAUGUGCGUGACGUCUGGGUCUCUCUCCCGCAAGAGAACGACCAGACGCUCAAGGUGCCCUGGAACCGCAUCAAAGAGAUCCGCAUGGUCGACCCCUCCAGACUGCGCGACGAGGAGACUAUUGCCGAAGAACUCGCCAAAGAGGUCAGUCAGUCAGUCAUUAGGUCAAACAGCACAAGUAUCUCUCCCAUGCGGUCCUUCAACGUCAGGAGAGGACACCCGAGGCACCCCCACCACCAGAGGAGGAGGCAAUCGCAGAAGAGGAAGAGGCAAUCGAGGAGGUCGAGGAAGAAGCAGAGGUCCCCGGCACAGCAGCAGCAGCAGCUCCUUCUGCUGCUGCUGCUGCUGCUGGCGAGGAGGGUGUCUCGGCGGAGGCGGAGGUCUCCGAAGAGGACGUUGAUGUGUUGGAGGCCAGCGAGUGGGCGCGUGACGUCGCUGGCGUGUUACGUGAGGGGGUGGGCAAGGAGGCGAUGCUCGAGGAUGACGAGAGGGUGGACGUCGAGGCCGACACGGAUGCGAUGCUCGAAGACUUGGCCUAUGAACAGCGUGUGGAGGAGCGGCCCGAGUUCGACUUUGACCCCGAGUACCCCGAAGACCUCAUGGACUCAGACUGACUGACCGAUCCGAUCGAUGAAUGGCUGCUGAGCUGGCGCGGCUAGUGUCUUCUCAUUUGUGUCCAUCACGGUGUAGAUUGGCUGGCUGCCUUAAUUGUGCAUAGGCAGACAGAGAGAGGUGCGUGUGUGGGUGUGUCAGAGGGCGGAUGGUUUAAGGCUUACCCUUUGUUUCUCGUUGAUGUACAGAUAGCCCUGACUGAAUUGACUGAUCGAGUGGGCGGCCAGUGGUGCUGUGCAUAUCUAUUCAUCCAUCCAUGGCCACUUAAUGUUGCUUUCAAUGCAUCGAUCGACUUGUGCCUGUCGGGGCGGCAGAUUGGCGAGAAAGGGCGAAGGGUGUAAGAGAGAAUCAAACGAAGUCUGUCUGUCUGAAUGCAUGGUACACACAACCGACCAGCCACGCACGCUAAAAAUGCAUUUCUGUUUGCGGUUGGAACGAUUAAACGGC